CAUCGACUCGGUGGGCCAGCUCUAGCAAUUUGUCUGCAACUUCUAAUUCGCUGCGGGUAUUUUUUUUGUGUUUGUUGUUACAUAUAAUCCGAUCAACUUCGAUCGCCCGCUUGGCAAAUCAGUGUCUUACUGUUCCGAUUGGUGAGCUUUGGCCAAUUCUCGGCGAGCGUCAGUAAAUCGUUCGAUUUUGCUUCAGUCCGCCCGUGCUUUCGCGUUUUCCUUGGCUCUUUUCUUAAUUUUUUUGGUCCGUUUUCGUUUCGUUUUCCACUUGGAAUCGCGAGGGGAUGAAGGAGGGGAGCAGGAGCGGAGACUCCCGACCGAGUGCAUCCCCCAUGUGUGUGCGUGUGUGAGUGCGGUGGUGCUGCCAAUGCAAUUGUAACUGAGCGCGCUCAUAAAAAUCAAAAGUAUAUUUAGAUAUACAUGUAUAUAUAAUAAUCGGAUACGUUUUCUCAUUGCCCCCCCUGUCGGUGUGUGCGUGUGUAUUUAAAUCAGUAAUACAGUGUGCGUGUGACUAGCGCGCUGAGUUUUGUUGUUGAGUGCGAGAGAGAGAGGGAGCGCGAGCGAGACAGCAGCCGGAGCAACAGAGAGGCAAACAGGAACUGCAGCAAGAAAAACAAAAACAUUCUGUGGCAACAGCAGCAGCGAUGACUUCCAGUCGCUGCACUGGCAAAGCGCUGCCGGGAAGUGUUUUGUGGUGUGUCCUCAUCCUCGUCUGCUAGGAUUAACUAUAUCACGGAGUGACUACGCACCGGCAAUUCCAGUAGACACCGCAGGUCCAGAACAACCUUGAACUGGCCACUAUGCCGCGCUUUCGCAACGAGGCGCCCGAGCAGUCGCAAUACAGCGAUGGCGACGUGGUCUGGGUGAAGAUCCACAACACCGAGAUCUGGUGGCCCGGCGAAGUGACCUCGACGCAGGACUUUCGGUUCGUCAACUCCACGCGGCCACCGUUCGCAGUUGUGGCGUUCUUCAACGAGAAAACCUUCGAGCACGUUAGGUCCCCGAAACUGAUAUACCCCUUCCAAUGCGACCACAAGGAGGAGUUCAUCAAGCGUGGCCAAAAGAAGGCCGAAGGAAUGCACAUGGCCGACAAGUUCUCAGACGACGUGUUCAUCGCCGAAUCGCGCUUUGCUCGCGCCCAUCACUCCUCGACCUCGUCCGUGGCGGAGGCCAACAUCGCGCCCGCCUCACGCCCGGACAGCCUGAUCAAGGCCUGCCUUUCGAGCAACAGCAGCAGCAGCAGCAGCGGCGGCGGCGUGCAAAACAGCAAUGCCCGCAGCAGUGCAGUGCCUUCGGCAGUGGGUCGAGUAAGUAGCUCGGCAUCGCUCCAUGCCAAUGAUAAAGCCGUAUUCCGACAGCAGGAGCCCACGUUCCGCAUCAUGGACAUCGGGGGCGGCGCCACACCUCCGCCCCGUGACCGUGCCUUCGAGUGCAACAUGUGCAGCUUUCGCACAAACAGCAUGAGCGUCCUGCUCAUCCACCGUCGCAACCACCUGGAGUCGAGCAGCAGUUUUAGCAGCUUCAGCAGCAGCAGCACCACCACCAACACGGCCACCAGUACAGGCAACAAGAAAUACGUUUCACUAUACGACACUGUGCCCAAAACGCGAGCGUCGCGUCGUGCCCACACCACCAGCGUGCACGAUGUGAACGGCCGCAGGAGCCGCGAGAACGGAGUGCGCUGCAGCUCGCGCCACGUGUCCAUCGUGAUCGAUGCUCCGCUGACAAGCGAGGAGCAGGAGAAAGUCCAGAGCAUCGUUGACCAAACGCUGGCCAGCAUCGAGCUCGUGGUGGGCCCCAAAGCUGGCAGCUCCGCGGGCUCCGCUUCAGCGUCUGCCUCCAACCGAAAGAGCUCCUCCUCGUCGUCGCAGGUGCCUGCUGCGGAGAGCACGCGACGCAGCAAUGCGAAGUCGCGGGAUCCGCGUAGCCAGCGCUCCAACCAACUGCGAGCCACUAUGCCCGCUCCCCAGUCGCCACCGUCGAAGCAACGCCGACUCACACGCUCCAUGAGCCGGCGCCAGCAAGGUGCCUCUCCAGUUGCCGUGUCUCCGGAGAUUCUUCCGCCACCCGUGCAGGUGAACUCGCGUCGUAAUGCAGGCAGACGCUGCACACUGGCUGCCGCCACUAGUGAGCCAGUUAAUCCGCCCAGAAGGGGCAAUCUCUUGCGGAAAACGAUGACGACAGCGCCGCCGCCAACCACCGUCGAGAAAUCGCCUCGGAGCGCAGGUCGGCGCAAGCAACCGCUCUCUAGGACUAGGACGACCGUAACUGGUGAUGCGCACAUUUCUCCAGCGCUCCUUAUAUCGCCUUCAAUCAAGCGUGCGGCAGGUGACAUAGAUGAUAAGAAAAAACAGGUGGCGGAGCCCAAUCUGCCCAUCAGUCCAUCGCCAGAGCCGAUGCCAUCAAUGGCUGAAAACGCGCAGCCGAAUCAGAAUCUCCUGCAUUCGCAGAGCAGCAUGGACGCCUCCAAGCAGCUGCAGCUAAGUCUGAUGGCGGAGUGGGGCGACGACGAGACGGACGAGUCGAUGGAGGAGCCACCGCAGCUGGUAGAGAAAGAUACCAGAGUCGUGAAAUCGCCGCUUGCGGCCGAGCAACAUGCAGGUGAGGAGGAGCAGGAGCAGGAGCACGAGCACGAGAAGACUGACGGCGUUGCUGCCAAGAAGCGCAUACGCAACAUACCAAAGAAGGAUCGGCGCGAAGUGGUCGUGCAGGAAUUCCACGUGCAGGACAGCCAGCCAGAUGCCGAUGAACCGGAGGUGGACGAGCCGAUUAUAAUUCAGGAUAGCGAUGCCAGCUCCAACGGCAGCGUUGUAUUCGUGGAAGACGAGCCGCGUCAGCGCGGCCGGGGAGUUUAUCCGCAAUCCAAUGGCAAUGUCAAUGUCAAUGAUAAGGCCACGUCGUCGUUAAAAGCCAGCAUCAUCCCGUCCUGCUUUGACUUUGAAGAGGAGGACGAUGUGCAGCAGCAGGAGGGUCAGAAUGGUUUGAGCUAUAGGCGCCGAACAAAUACCAAUCGUCCUGAUAUUAAUGGCAAAGGACACGCUGAGGAGGACGUAUUUGCGAGGAAUGAGGAACCUGUGACUGAGCGCGAACUUGAUGACAACGUCUCCUACGAGUACCUCUUUAAGGGCUUUGAAGACGUCCCGGAACCGGCAGCCGAGGAAGGCAUUCGGACCCUGGAGGAGGCGCCCCGUGAGCCAGAAGUGGAGCCCGAACCUUUGCAGCAGGCAGCAGCGGAUGCAGUUGAGCCCGAGGAAGCAAUAACCGAGGACGCAGCAGAGGGCGAGGCCGGAGAUCACAUCGGCCUGCCCAUUAAGGAGCGUCAAAAGCGCAUCUUUAAGUCGCGAAACAAAUCUACAAUGGCAUGUUCUCAAGACGAAGAUCUGCUGCCAGCCUCCAUGACAUCCACGUUGCCAAGUGCCCACGAAGAGGAGGUUACUGCACCCAGGUCUUAUAGUCCUCCCCAGGAGGCGAAUUGCGUCGGCACGCUGCUUUCCAACGGGGAAAAGAGCAGGAGGCUUAGCGCCAACAACAGCAACACAAAUAGCAGCGAAGGAGUGCUGAGUGACAGCAUAAGGAAGAAGCGCCGCUACAAAUCCAAGACUGAAUCAUCCCGUCGCCCGUCACAACGCUCCAGGCCGCUUAUACGUCGGCAGACUCCCUCGCCCGAGCACGAGGAGCUCAGCAACCACAGCAACAGUAGCAGCAGCAACUCGAGCAGCAAUAGCCGACUCAUGUCCAGCUCCAGUUCGGACUCACACGGCAUCGGAACACUGUCCCCGGAGCCGAGCUCCAGCAACAGCUGCUCCAUAGCCUCCAACAUUGCAGUGAUCUCGGCCGAAGAGGCGCGCGAGCUGCAGCGGUCGGCCUCGGGCGCCGGACUCAUCCACGCCGCCAUUGUGGACGCCACGCAGCCGGUGCAGCGUGGUGGCGUGCUCAUCCUGGAGGACAUUAGGCUGCCGAAUUUGUAUGAACCCUCUAGCCAGCAGUCAUCGGACAGCAACGGCAGCCGCCAAACGAACUCACGCCCGCCUGAUGAGGACGACGAACAGUCGCAGGACACGGCAGAUCAGCCGGAAACAAACGAUGAAGAUCAGGAGGAGAGCCAGGAUGUGGAGCCUAUGCUUGAUGACGCAGAACCAAUGGAUCAGGAGGCGGAAGAGGACGUGCAGCAGGAGGAGGAAAAGGAGCAGGAACCGGAUCAAAAGUCGGAGGAAAAGCCAGAGUCCGAGGCAGAGAACGACUUGGACCCCUGGUCUCAGAUCCGCGAUGUCCGCUUCCUGCCGCAGUCCCGCGAGGUGCUGCUCAAAAAGCGCGAACAGGAGCUGUUGCGCCAGUACGAGGCCGACCUGGUCAGUGGUCGUAGUGCAGAGAAGUGUCGCCAGGCACGCGCGCGCUGGAGCCGAACAAUGCCAUCCCCCGAAGAGGCAGACGCGAACGAGUCAGAUUUUGAAGGCACGCCGCUGGCCGCGUCGCCAACCGAGGAGCAACAACAGGACGGUGAACAGGAGGAGCAUGAGGCCGGUUCCGAAGGCGAACAGCCAGAACUGGCUGCAGAUGAAGAAGCAGUAGACGAAACGGGCUUCCAGAUGGCAAUGGACAUGGAUAUUGAACUGGAAGCUGUGGAGUUGGUGAUGCCGGCUUCAUUGUUCCUGACCUCGCGCCGUCCUGCCAGCCACCCGCAACUCACUCCACUGGCGUCCACCGAGUCCGCAAUUGGCUUAAAUCGUCCCACCAGGCACUUAAGCUGCGCCCGAGAACUUAGCGAUGCGGACGUGGAAAAGGCCCACCAGCAGCUGGUGGAUCUUCGCGAGCAGCAGCGCCUUCGCUUCACCCCGCCAUCGCCGCCCGUGGUCCUGACUCCUCCUGCAACACUGCUGCAGGCCAGUGGCCAAAAGAGGCAGCGUCGCCGCUCGAAGAACGCUCCUAGUGAUCACGUGGAGAGCAGUUCCCGCAGCGAAGGCGGCGAGGAAUCGUCAAGUGACGCCAAGGAUGGCCAGGAAAGUCCCGAGAACCCGCCACAACUGUGCGCUGGACGCAUCUGCGCGGUGAUGACUCGACCGAUCCCGGGCUACAGCCACACCUUCAUGCUGUGCUCACUGAAUAACAACAACUUUACGCCGCUGAACAACGUGGCGCUGUACCUGGACAACGAAAAGAACCACCUGGUGCCGGUGCCGCGGGAGGCACUGCUUGAGCCGCCGCGCCUGGCAGACGGCCAUCCACUGUCCGCCGUAUUUGCGGACAUUGACUUUCUGGGCGGAGAGGCGGUGGCCCAGGUAGUGGAGCCAUCGGAGACGGAGAUGGAGACUGAGCUGGAACUCGACCAGGAUCAGGUGUCGCCGCGCCAACUGUCGCCGCAAAUGCUGCUAAGCGAGGCCCCUAAUGAUAACGAUAACGAGAACGAUGUAGAGGCAGUGGACGCGAUGGGCAUCAUGACACCACUCAGCCAGGUGGCCGAGGGAGGAGCAAUGCCUGCCGGCAGCUACGUGAACGAGGAGGAGGAACUGUCUCUGCACGAGGAACAACUGCAGACCGAUAUACUGCAGCUGAACGUCAACGGGUACCACUUACAGCUGGAUCCUUCGGUGCUUUUCAGCAUGGCCGAACAGCCGGACACUUGCAUCGAGGUGAAUGUCACGGAUGCGGGGUCCAGCACUUCUGCUGUCGGUGGCAGCAUGAGAGCCGUGCUUCACGCUCGCGACAUCCUACAGGCGGCCGAGGUAUACCUGCAAGAGCGCGACCUGCAGCUGGUCAACGUGGAGGAUAUGACGCUGGACGACGCGGAGGCCGACGCGUCAUCCGCCGAACUUGCUGUGCCCGCCACGGAUCUCCUCUCCCAGGCGCUGGCCGGCAGCCAGGUCGUGGACGACUCGGACUUCGUGAACGCAGCCAACGCUGGCGUUGGUCUGCUUCACAUCGACACUCGCACCGGCGCUGGCCUUCUGCAUGUGGGCAACGAUGAGCCAGGCAGCGUGGUGUUCAUUUCGCAUCCCAUGCCACCGCAGACCGUCCACCUUACGCCGCCAAUCACAGCGCGUACCAACGAGACCAACGCGCUGCUCGACCAGACGCCCAUCAUGUCCACGCUGGAGAAUCCCAGCGGUAUGCAGCUGCGCCGCGUGUCGCCGCUGGUCGAGGGCAACCUGGAAGACAGCCUGGCCGUGAUCGGGGUGACGAACGGCAGUGGCGUGCCCACCUCUUUAGAACUGCCCAUCACCGUGACCAAUCCGGCCAUCGCAUCGCGAAUGGGCGCGCCCGUCGCCGACAUGCUGCAGUUCGCUCCUUUCCAGUAGAGGGAGGAGGAGAGGAGCCCAGUCCAAGAGCAGUUUAAUUCGCUUUAUUUUUUUUUUUUACACCUAAGGAGUUUCUGUUAGGGUUUAGAAGAUGCAGCGCAUGCAUUUUAUUUUGAGCGGCUGGCACGGAUGCCCCUGCCUCUUUGUUAGUUCAAUUGACACGAAAAUGGACGACGACAUUGCGCCACGGCCAAUGUAAAUAUUAAGUUGCUUAAUUAACCUAAGUUAGAUUCUUAACUUCACCUAUCCCUUGCAUUGCAAAUGUACGAUAGCGAUAGUCGAGUCCCAUUCGCACGUAAGAGAUGUAAUAACCAUAGCAUACACCCGAACAGAACGGAACAGACCAGGAUAAGCUCGAUCGCGAAUCGAUGCCCGGCACCAAAGCAACAACAUACGACACCCAACAGAAUGGGCCACACAGCGUACCACACAGUACACUCCUGUGGGCAGGAAGCACACUUAUAUUAAGCGUAGAUGACCGUAGAUGACCAUACCACGUGUGUAAGAUACGCCAGUCUCUAAGCUAACGAAUGUCUAAAGAGAUCCGCGGAGGAGGCGGGCAGACCGAGCUGCCCAGCUGGGGCAGCUAUUUGAAUAAAUGCAACAUGUGCAACAAA